AUGGCCCCUCAUUGCCCACAUAACGCCGGGCAAAUGAUUCGGACCCGACGGCAUAUGCCUCGCAUUCGAGUGACCAAUCAUCUCCUGGAAGAUUUCGGUGGACCACGGCAGCCGGGCCAGAUCAGAUCGCAGGCGUCCACUUGGCUGGUACUAUGCACUUCGCACUCGGAGUUACGGCCGGUACGGGUUAUCGGGUAUGGUUUCCUUCGACUCCACGUAUCUUUACCGAUUGGCAAUAUUCCUGGUGUGAGAGAGAGAGAAGCGGGAGCCUACGGAAACGAGACUGCAGUGACGGAUGGGCGACAGCUGCUCUCUGACCGCGACCACGACCACGAGGGAGUCGGUGACUGGACUGGACUGGACUACGUAAUGGGGAGGAGGAAGCAUGUGCAGAAUCCAAAUCGGGGGCAGAGCGCGCGAGACAGAAGGCCAAUGAUGGAAACUCGGAACUUCCGAACUUUUCGAGCGAAGAUGCUGCUGCUGGCGAUGGCGCUGGCGCUGCUGCGACAACAGUCGAGGACAGAGGCGGGCUCGGUCUCGGGGCAGAGCAGAGCAGAGCAGAGCAGGGGAGGGGAGGGCAGGGCAGGGCCCGGGCUAUGGCAGUCAGGGAGCGAGACAGCGGAACCUACAGAUGCCGUGCGGGGCGUGGAUUCGGUGCGGGCGUAG